GCUUCGGAUCAUCUCAAUCGUACCGGCAUGGCGACCGCCGGUCUUGAGGUGCGCGAGGCUGGACGAGCGUUACGAGUGCAAACGGAAGCGCCGCAUCUCGUUUCCAUGGGAAGCGGACGUUUGUCAACGGCGGUGACCCUGCAUCCUUUGCCCGAAGGUAAGUUAACCCUUGGUUCAAAUCGGGAUGCGGAUAUUUCUGUCGUUGGUACCGGCGUCGAGCCCAUUCAUUGCGCGAUUGAAAACAAUAACGGCGUGGUCACUCUUCACCCCAUAAAUGGAAGCACGGCAGUCGAUGGUGUACCAAUAAAUUCACCAGUGAGACUCGCUCAAGGUUGCAUGCUAUCGAUCGGUAGAUCCAACUACAUGCGCUUCAAUCAUCCAGCCGAGGCGAAGCAACUACGAUCGGUGCUACCACAGUCAAGAAUCUCGAUGGCUCCCAUAAGCUUCUCCUUGCCAGACAGCCAACUCCAGGAAAACUAUCACCUGGAGAGAAAACCACCAGUCGCCCCACGAAAAUCACCAAGAAACUCCUGCUCAGACGACGAGAUCGGUUUCUUGGGAAAACUAACGAAAUUCGAGAUGCUGUCGAAGCAAAACAGAAACAACUGCGUCUCUCCUAAGGUGUUUCCAGCUGGUGCAGUCACCACGAACGUUCCUGCCGAUCAGAUCCUCGGUCACUCAAGAUCCUCCAGUUUGAUCUCACUAAAAAACGCCAACAACAAUUCACCGUUACAAAAUUUAACAAAUCUAGACCGAAGUCGUUCGAAUACACCUUCGUUCAACUCACCAUCACCUGCCCAUUUCCUCAACACAUCCUCGCUAAACACCUGUUUCGCAUCUUCCUCCCCCAAUCACUACAGCGAUGAGAAUCGUCAAAGAUCUGACGCAAGAACGCCCAGCAGAUCCAACACGCCUAAUCUUUCCUACCAGAGCACACCGCCGAACCACAAUCAGAUUCAAAUGUACUCGACAGCAGAGUCCUACCUGAAGUCUUACAAGCCCUACUACCGCGACAACAACAACGAGAAUACUCAGAAUCCUCAUGGUGUAACAGCGUCGAAGAACAACGUGAAUCAAGGCGACCUAAUGUCGCGCAGUUUCACCUGUCAGAGAUCGAACAAUCUGGACGAUCUGACAGGCAGAGAGUUCGAUAUGAGCCAGAGCUUAAUCGUGACAAAGACCACGACCACGGAGUAUCUUCAGUUGGAGAAGUUCGGCUCGAAUCCUAGCAUUUGUAACAGUCCGAGUAACGGGAACUUUUGCGGAGGAAGCCUGAGGAACGUCGCUGGAGCGCAGGAUUUCGGCUCGAAUCCGAAUAUCAAGAGGAUACAGCCGCCUAGUCCCGCGUUCAAUCGCAAUCCUAAGUACGAGCCGAAGAGGAGCUUUGGACGGGUGAAGAGUCCGACUCCUAGCACGGGAAGCGGUUGCUCGCUGGAGGAGCUGAGGGAGAGACAGAUCGACGCUGAGAACAAGAGGAGAGACGCGGAGAAUAAGAGGAAGCUGGCACAAGAGGAGAGGCUAAGGGAGCAGGAGGUCGAGAGGCAGGAGAAAAUGAGGCUGGAGGAGAUCCUCGCGAUGUGCGCCGAGUAUGAGAGACAGAACGCCGUGGAGAAGCCGAGGCAACCUAACAGAAUUAAAACGAACGGUUCGCUACCCCGAGAUAAACGAUUAGGCUACAACUCCCCCUUCGACAGCCCGAAGAGUCCAUCGAAGAAUCAACCUCACUUCUCCUUCGACGCCGCGAAACAAUCGAAUUCAGCAUCGUACGAGAACGUAUGCGUUCAAAAUUCGAAAAUAGUAUUUCAAAACGGUAACUCAACGACGAAUCGUAGACUACAAACGACGAAUCCAUCGGACAACCAACCGAUGAGCACAUUUGAUUAUCCACAACCACCGACGCUGAACAACAACAACAAUCAACCAACAAUGUGGCAAAACGUUCUUGGCAACGGGGACCAUAGUUUUUCCGGUUCGAUCUCGCAAGCUCGUAGCUCUGGCUACGAGAACAUCGACGGUUCCAUGUUGAACAACAACGGUAACAGUUACACUCAAACGAACGACGCGACGAAGGACACAUACGGAACGAUCCAAUUGAAUGGAGCAAGAAUCAACGGUCAACAGGGCAAAAGCUCGCGAGGUUACGACAACUCGAUGAACGGGAACGUGAGCUUGUACGAGAACGUUGUGAUCAAUUCUGUACAGAACAACAAUCAAAACAAUCAUUCCAUGCCAAAGAAGAACGGCCAGCUGUCGAACUCGUGCGAGAUGAUCGAGAACAAGCUGGCUAUAUCGAACGACGACCUUCUAGAGGCUAUCGAGCAGCUUUCCAUGCUUUCCAAAUCCAAAGAAAUUUGCACGAUUCCCAAGAAGAAUAAUUCAGAGAAGGACAACGCGAAGUCGAACGAGGCUAAAGCUGACAAAGAGAGGAAAGAGCUGGAAGAAGAGGACAGGAGGAAGUACAUAGAGUUCCUCCGGAACGAGAAACUGCAUAUUCUUAGUAACAUGGACGUGUUGAAGAGAAGCGUCGCUGCUAUUGAGAGCCAGGAAGAAGAGAUUAGUAGGGAGCUCGAAUUAGAGAAAGCACUGCUGUCUGCAGAGUACGAGUCGGAAUCGUUGAAACUCAGUCAGGACGAGGGUGAAAAGAUAAAAGUACAGAUGCGGAUAAACGAGCUCGAGAGACAGAUGGCCGAGGAUAACACGACUCAGGCGAAUUUGCAGGCGGACGCAAAGCUAAGAGUUCAGAGGGCUCAACAAACUUGCAACCGUUUGGAGGAAGAGCUCGCAAAUUGUUUGGAUGAAAGAAUGCAACAAGAUAUCGGUGAAAAACUUACAGCUCAACAAGAUAUCCUUGAGUCGGAAAGAAAGGCUUUCGAAGAUUUGGAAUUCCAUCAUCUGGAAGAGGAAGCGAGUAAACUGGCGACAAGGGAAGAAUUACAAAGAUACUUGAGCGAACUAACGGUGAAAAUAGAGACCAGGAAGGCUCGAUUGAGUCAUUUGGAAUCGCAGAGAUCUGAAGCGAAAAGCACUGCGACUAAAGAUGCAAGAAGCCUCGAAAGACAGAAAUUGACGCAUUUAAAGCGGUUGGAAGAAGGUCGAAACCGAGUUAGGGCGAUUAACGAUGAACUGACAAAGUUGGCGCAAAAUUCUUGCGAAAACGGCGAAGAGAAGCGAUCUCCGAGCAGGGAAGACUUCGACAGGAUCUCCAGGGUCACUACUGACUCUCCUAUUGUAAACAAUCAGGGCAGCUUAGGAAGGAAGACCAUCGAGUCCCUCAAGGAAAUUGAGAGAAAUCGACAACUCCAUUUAGCGAAACAAGGUAGCCAAGUAAUUUCAGAAGAAAGGCGGAGAGUGGAAGAACUGAAACGUAGAGUGCAAGACGAAGUUCGGUCCCAGUGGGAAGAAAGGAAGAUGAACUGUACUUCUUUCAACAGCGUUGAAUCAGGCGAAGAAUCCUCCAGUUAUUCAACGGGGCCAACAGAAAGUGGCAGUGGAAGCAGCGACAGUGCCGAAGGUGGAACCAGCGAGAAAUUAUCUCCAAGCAAACUUUCGGAACUCACGUCACCCAGUCCAGGAUCUUCGAACAAUUCCUACAGUCUGCUCCAAAAUGAUAACAUGAGAGACGAUCGAAGGACAUCAAUGGAAGGCGAAAGGCUUAGCAACAAUAGCGGGGGAAUAAUCGACGGAAACGGAAGUCGCCCUCUUUCACAAACUUCCAGCGAAAUGGACACCCUUGGACCACUGCAACCGGUCAAACAUCGUGAAAAGGCAAAACUGCAGAGGCCGCUCACGAGAUACCUCCCCAUCAAGUCAGAGUCCCUGGACCUGAGGCAUCACAUCGAAACGGCCGGGCAUCAGUUACCCCUGAUACACGAUGUCACGGUCGAUACGACCAGUUGCAGUGGUUACUUGUCGAAGAUGAGCAAGAAGUUCCAUCAUUGGAACAAACGGUGGUUCGUCUUCGACCGGAAGAGAAAGACUUUAUCGUAUUACAGCGACAGCUCGUCUAGAAAGGCGCGCGGAGUGAUUUAUUUUCAGUCUAUUGAGGAGGUUUACGUGGACCACAUGAACACCGUGCGAUCGCCACAGCCAUCGUUGACUUUCAUCAUCAAAACGUCAUCUAGACUGUAUCACUUAAUGGCACCGAGUCCAGAGGCUAUGAGAGUUUGGGUGGAUGUUGUAUUCACUGGCGCCGAAGGAUAUCACGAAUUUGAUCACGGUAUCUGAUAAGCCGACCUUUCUCACGUUUCUGGUCGAGAUUCAUUUUAUUCUUGAGGAUCGCGAUAGCGUGAUUCCUCGCUUGUAGCCUGCAGGUUCAGAAAACGAGCUUCGUGAUCGUUUGAAGACAAGGUUUGUCACGAGUCGAACUACAACCGCCUACACUUUGGAGUUGGAUUUGACUUGCAUAUCAAAGACACGAGAAUCUCUUGGAUUUUACAAAGAAAGGAAUUGAUGGUUACAUUGGUGCUACAUUACUUACAUAGGCAGCUGUACAUGCAUUAAAAUUAAAGCAAAUAGCAUUAACCAUAAGAAAAAGUGAAUAUUGGGAUCAGUGAUACAUAUUAUUGUCAAUGAUGGUGAACAUUUUAGCUUAAAAGCUGGUAACUUAAAUUGAACAAUGAUAAUAAUGAUAGAAGACGAUAAAUUGAUUCACAUAGUUCGAUGAAGAAAUUGGGAAUUGAUAAUGGAAAGCUAAGACUUUGAUUAUAUUUGUGCCAAUAUAGUAUUCAUAAAUCAGGGCAUUAAUGGUACAUGGUACAUCAAAUUAAAGUAUUACUCAUUCGAGUGCAGGCUGAUCACGACUUGAUUCUAUUAAAAAGAGAGGAAUAAAUUUUGUAGAAUUUACUGUUAAAUUUUGUAGACGUUUUUAAUCUAGUCUUCCAACAUAGAUACUUUCAAGAGUAACAAGCUACUAGUGUCCCAAUGUUUGAGAAAAAGUCUCCAACAGUAGCCCAACGUGUGUUCUGGUAUGAUCCAGAGUUCAAGUCCCUAAGAAACUGUAAAUAUGUCCCAUUUUACAUUUUACAUUAUACAUUUUACAUUUUACACUUAUACACUUUUAAAAAAUAUCUUAAUAAAUAUUGUGUAAUA